AUGAGCGCUGCCCAAGGAAUUGAUGCACCAAAUGUUGGGACGGGUCAACGGUCCGCAGUACAUCCAAGUGCGCGCGAGAUGCAUGUGCCAAUCCGUGCAUUGUAG